CUGAUAAAGGGGUGGUCAAGAGAUACAGGGAGAUUGCCGGGGUAGUAGCAAACAUUUCUUUUUAAUAUGACAAUAUGGAACAAUAUGGAAGACGAGAGGCAGAGCGGGGACAAUUUCCUGGAGAAGUCUUCAGGAUGGGACUGAGAGUGGGCAUGGAAAGACUGGAUUUGGCCAUGACAAAGGCAACCUCUUCAUUGCAGAUUGUGUGGAGGAGAUCAUAGGGGAAGUCUGAAUCCUGCGAGAUGAGGCUACGUGGAGAAGGAGGAGUUCUGGGGGAAUGACCGGUUCUGGUGGGUGAAGUGUGAGGUUUCUCACCCUACACUGGGCACAGUGAUGCCUACACCAUCAACUGCACAGGGUUCGACCUGUAUGGAGUAGACCCUAAUGCCUUCCAGUCAGUGUUUGACAGAAAGGCCUUCCGUCCAGUUAUCAAUUUCAGAGUUCCCACCCUGGUCAACAUCUCCUUCACCCUAUCUGCCAUUUUGGAUGUGGAUGCUCAGAUUCAGCUCAUGACAUCCUUUCUCUGGGUGAAUAUGGUUUGGGACAAUCCAUUCAUCAGCUGGAACCCAGAGGAAUGUGGGGGCUUAACAGAAAUCAGCGUGGCGGCAAAGAACCUCUGGCUCCCGGACCUCUUCAUCAUAGAGUUCAUGGACGUGGACACAACCCCUACCAGUCUCUAUGCCUAUGUGCACAGCAGUGGCCGGAUCAACUAUGAUAAACCUAUGAAGGUGACCAGCAUCUGUAACCUGGAUAUCUUCUACUUCCCCUUUGACCAGCAGAAUUGCACCCUGACCUUCAGCUCUUUCCUGUAUACAGUGGAUCACCUGUUGCUGGGCAUGGAAAAGGAAGUGUGGGAGAUCACGGACAAUUCGCGUGAUAUCAUUCGGACUCAAGGCGAAUGGGAACUCCUGGGCAUCAACAAAGCAACCCCAAAGUUGAUAAUGGGUUCCAGUCUUUAUGACCAGAUCAUGUUCCAUGUGACAAUCCGGCGCCGGCCCAGACUUUAUGUCAUAAAUCUACUGCUGCCUAGUGGGUUUCUGAUCGCAAUCGAUGCCCUGAGCUUCUUCCUGCCAGUUGAGAGUGGCAACUGAGCCCCUUUCAAGAUGACCCUGCUCCUGGGAUACACCGUCUUCCUGCUCAUGAUGAAUGAUUUACUGCCAGCCAGUGGCACCCCACUCAUCAGUGUGUACUUUGCUCUGUGCUUGUCCCUGAUGGUAGUCAGCCUGCUGGAGGCCAUCUUCCUCACCUACCUUCUGAAUCUGGUUACUACACAGCCCCCUCCCAUGCCCCCCUGGCUCCAUUCACUGCUGCUGCACUACCUCCGAGCAACAGAGCGCUGUAACAAGAGGUCUCAGAAAGAACCCAGGGGCUCUGGCCCCAACCUCAUCCACCUGCCUGGGCUGAUGGAGCCAGUCGUUAUGGCAACAUGGGUACCAGGAUCUAGCGAGGCCAAGCUAAAUGGAGAUCCAGGAUCAACGAGGGCACCGUUGGAACAGGAGGCCCAGGGGCGGCUGACAGCUAACAUGUGGGGGAAGUUCAUUGUUAUUCUUGAUAAGUUGCUCUUCUGGCUUUAUCUGCUCUUCAUGGUCUCCUCUCUCACCACUGUCAUCAUUUUAUGGAACACCUAGAAAUAGGGUGCCCUCCCCAAUUUCUGCUUCCACUGACUUUCAGUGAACAAUAAGCCAUCUCCCUUUUCCUUGUCCAAAUGGCCGUUCCUGUUCAUAUGUCAGUCCACUCCCAAUUGAGUCCUACAGGACAGCUUCAGCCUAACCCUAGGCAGUUUCCUGACUCUUAACGCCAGUAAGUAUCCUUGUUCCUACUCCUAUAGGUUCCUCUGCUCCUUCUUGCCAGACCUAACCUCUCUGUCCCUUAAGGAUCCAGCCCAGGAGAGUCAUCUAAUCAUUGUGUUGUCCUAAUAAAUCAUUUUGCAGAGA